AUGGCGUUUUUUACAGCGGUGAAAGAAGGCGAUCUUGUAAAGACAAGGUUUAUUCUAGAAGACGAGACAGGGGAUGCGAAGCUGUUCAUGGGAGACAGUGUGGAUCCUGAUGGAAAGACACCCCUCCAUAUAGCUUCAGAAGAAGGACAUAUCGACCUCGUGAAAUAUAUAAUUGAUGUGGGGGCGGACCUAGAAAAGCGAAGUAGAAGCGGUGACGCCCCUCUUCACUAUGCGUCUCGGAGUGGUCACCAGGAUGUUGCUCAAUAUCUCAUCGGUAAAGGAGCAGAUAUCAAUAUCGGUGAUAGCAAUGGAUAUACACCUCUCUAUCUUGCUUCGGAGAAAGGUAGUUUUGGUGUUGCUGAAUGUUUAGUAAAUUCUGGAGCAGAUAUAAACAAAGCUUCCUAUGACCUUUCUACACCCCUUUAUAUUUCAGCAAGUAAGGGUCAUUUUGAUGUAGUGAAAUAUCUCAUAACUAAAGGAGCCGAUCUUGAAAUGAAGGGUCCGAAGGGUCAGACUCCACUUUCAGUUGCGUCAUUGAAUGGUCAAUUUGAGGUUGUGAAGCAUCUUAUUAACGAGGGAGCAGAGCUUGAUACUGGUGAUGAAGAUGGCUGCGGUUCACAGGAGGGACACCUCGCCAUUGUUGAAUGUCCAACAAAUGAAGGAGCGAAUGUGGACAAAGCAUCAAAUCGGGGUUACGUACCACUUCACCACGCAGCUUACCACAAUCAUCUACAAGUUGUAGAGUAUCUCAUAAUUAAGGGAGCAAAGGUUGAUAUUGAUGAUAAAGAUGGUUUCACACCUCUCUAUGUAGCUUCUCAACAAGGACACCUUGAUGUUGUAGAAUGUCUAAUGAAUGCAGGAGCAGAUGUCAACAAAGCAAACCACAAGAAAAUAUCACCACUUCAUGCUGCAUCACGGAACGGUCAUCUAAACGUUGUGAAAUAUCUUAUCACCCAAGGAGCAGAAAUUACACAGAAGGGAUACAGGGGUGAAACUUCUCUUAGUUCUGCGGCUUCCCGUGGUCAUCUCGCGGUUAUCAAGUAUCUUACCAGCCAAGGAGCACAGGUAGACACUGAAGAUAACGAUGGCUACACGCCUCUACAUGUCGCCUCACAGAAUGGUCACCUCAACGUUGUUGAAUGCUUGGUGGAUGCAGGAGCAAAUAUAAACAAUUCAUCGAAUAACGGACACGCACCACUUUAUACGGCUUUGAUUAAAGAUCACCUUGACAUUGUAAAAUAUCUCAUCAUUAGAGAGGCAGAUAUCGGGAGCAGAGAUGAUAUCGGCACUACGGCAAUACGGCACGCCCUUCUUCAUGGUUACCUCGAUGUAGUCAAAUAUAUCAUCAAUAAAGUUGAUGACCUUGAUAGGUGUGAUAUUGAUGGUAACACACCUCUUUAUCUUGCAUCACAGAAAGGCCUUCUGGACGUUGUCGAAUGCCUCGUGAAUAAAGGAGCAGAUGUGAACAAAGCUUCAGGAUACAAUGGGGCCACAUCCCUCUACGCCGCUUCACAAGGAGGCUAUCUGGAGGUAGUUGAAUACCUCGUGGAUAAAGGAGCUGAUGUGAACAAAGCAUCAGCAUAUGAAGGCGGCACACCCCUCUACGCCGCUUCACAAGGAGGCCAUCUGGAGGUAGUUGAAUACCUCGUGAAUAAAGGAGCUGAUGUGAACAAAGCAUCAGCAUAUGAAGGCGGCACACCCCUCUACGCCGCUUCACAAGGAGGCUAUCUGGAGGUAGUUGAAUACCUCGUGGAUAAAGGAGCUGAUGUGAAAAAAGCAUCAGCAGAUGAAGGCGACACACCCCUCUACGCCGCUUCACAAGGAGGCUAUUUGGAGGUAGUUGAAUACCUCGUGAAUAAAGGAGCUGAUGUGAACAAAGCAUCAGCAUAUGAAGGCGAAACACCCCUCUACGCUGCUUCACAAAGAGGCUAUCUGGAGGUAGUUGAAUACCUCGUGAAUAAAGGAGCUGAUGUGAACAAAGCAUUAGCAUAUGAAGGCGACACACCCCUCUACGCCGCUUCACAAGGAGGCUAUUUGGAGGUAGUUGAAUACCUCGCGAAUAAAGGAGCUGAUGUGAACAAAGCAUCAGCAUAUGAAGGCGAAACACCCCUCUACGCUGCUUCACAAAGAGGCUAUCUGGAGGUAGUUGAAUACCUCGUGAAUAAAGGAGCAGAUGUGAACAAAGCAUCAGCAUAUGAAGGCGACACACCCCUCUACGCCGCUUCACGAGGAGGCCAUCUGGAGGUAGUUGAAUACCUUGUGAAUAAAGGAGCUGAUGUGAACAAACCAUCAGCAGCUGAUGGCGCCACACCUCUCUACGCUGCUUCACAAGGAGGCCAUCUGGAGGUAGUUGAGUACCUCGUGGAUAAAGGAGCUGAUGUGAACAAAGCAUCAGCAGAUGAUGGCGCCACACCUCUCUACGCCGCUUUACAAGGAGGCCAUCUGGAGGUAGUUGAAUACCUCGUGAAUAAAGGAGCAGAUGUGAACAAAGCAGCAAAGAAUGGUUCUACACCAUUGAAUACAGCAUCUCAUGAAGGUCAUCUAGAUAUGGUGAAGUAUCUCGUCAUUAAAGGAGCAGCUCUUGAUAGUAGAGGUUAUAAAGGUCAGACGCCUCUUGGUGUCGCAUCACUCUCUGGUCAUCUCGCGGUUAUCAAGUAUCUUACCAGCAAAGGAGCACAGGUAGACACUGAAGAUAACGAUGGAUACACGCCUCUACAUGUCGCAUCACAGAAUGGUCACCUCAACGUUGUUGAAUGCUUGGUGGAUGCAGGAGCAAAUAUAAACAAUGCAUCGAAUAACGGACACGCACCACUUUAUACGGCUUUGAUUAAAGAUCACCUUGACAUUGUAAAAUAUCUCAUCAUUAGAGAGGCAGAUAUCGGGAGCAGAGAUGAUAUCGGCACUACGGCAAUACGGCACGCCCUUCUUCAUGGUUACCUCGAUGUAGUCAAAUAUAUCAUCAAUAAAGUUGAUGACCUUGAUAGGUGUGAUAUUGAUGGUAACACACCUCUUUAUCUUGCAUCACAGAAAGGCCUUCUGGACGUUGUCGAAUGCCUCGUGAAUAAAGGAGCAGAUGUGAACAAAGCUUCAGGAUACAAUGGGGCCACAUCCCUCUACGCCGCUUCACAAGGAGGCUAUCUGGAGGUAGUUGAAUACCUCGUGGAAAAAGGAGCUGAUGUGAACAAAGCAUCAGCAUAUGAAGGCGGCACACCCCUCUACGCCGCUUCACAAGGAGGCCAUCUGGAGGUAGUUGAGUACCUCGUGGAUAAAGGAGCUGAUGUGAAAAAAGCAUCAGCAUAUGAAGGCGAAACACCCCUCUACGCUGCUUCACAAGGAGGCUAUCUGGAGGUAGUUGAAUGCCUCGUGAAUAAAGGAGCUGAUGUGAACAAAGCAGCAAAGAAUGGCUCUACACCAUUGAAUACAGCAUCUCAUGAAGGUCAUCUAGAUAUAGCGAAGUAUCUCGUCAUUAAAGGAGCAGCUCUUGAUAGUAGAGGUUAUAAAGGUCAGACGCCUCUUUGUGUCGCAUCACUCUCUGGUCAUCUCGCGGUUAUCAAGUAUCUUACCAGCCAAGGAGCACAGGUAGACACUGGAGAUAACGAUGGCUACACGCCUCUACAUGUCGCCUCACAGAAUGGUCACCUCAACGUUGUUGAAUGCUUGGUGGAUGCAGGAGCAAAUAUAAACAAUGCAUCGAAUAACGGACACGCACCACUUUAUACGGCUUUGAUUAAAGAUCACCUUGACAUUGUAAAGUAUCUUAUCAUUAGAGAGGCAGAUAUCGGGAGCAGAGAUGACAUCGGCACUACGGCAAUAUGGCACGCCUUUCUUCAUGGUUACCUCGAUGUAGUCAAAUAUCUCAUCAGUAAAGUUGAUGACCUUGAUAGGUGUGAUACUAAUGGUAACACACCUCUUUAUCUUGCAUCAAAGAAAGACCUUCUGGACGUUGUCGAAUGCCUCGUGAAUAAAGGAGCUGAUGUGAACAAAGCAUCAGCAUAUGUAGGCGACACACCCCUCUACGCCGCUUCACAAGGAGGCUAUCUGGAGGUAGUUGAAUGCCUCGUGAAUAAAGGAGCUGAUGUGAACAAAGCAUCAGCAUAUGUAGGCGACACACCCCUCUACGCCGCUUCACAAGGAGGCUAUCUGGAGGUAGUUGAAUACCUUGUGAAUAAAGGAGCUGAUGUGAACAAACCAUCAGCAUAUGUAGGCGACACACCCCUCUACGCCGCUUCACAAGGAGGCUAUCUGGACGUUGUCGAAUGCCUCGUGAAUAAAGGAGCUGAUGUGAACAAAGCAUCAGCAUAUGUAGGCGACACACCCCUCUACGCCGCUUCACAAGGAGGCUAUCUGGAGGUAGUUGAGUACCUCGUGAAUAAAGGAGCUGAUGUGAACAAAGCUUCAGGAUACAAUGGGGCCACAUCCCUCUGCGCCGCUUCACAAGGAGGCUAUCUGGAGGUAGUUAAAUGCCUCGUGAAUAAAGGAGCUGAUGUGAACAAAGCAUCAAGAUAUAAAGGCGAAACACCCCUCUACGCCGCAUCACAAGGAGGCUAUCUGGAGGUAGUUGAAUGCCUCGUGAAUAAAGGAGCUGAUGUGAACAAAGCAUCAGCAUAUGUAGGCGACACACCCCUCUACGCCGCUUCACAAGGAGGCUAUCUGGAGGUAGUUGAAUACCUUGUGAAUAAAGGAGCUGAUGUGAACAAACCAUCAGCAUAUGUAGGCGACACACCCCUCUACGCCGCUUCACAAGGAGGCUAUCUGGAGGUAGUUGAAUACCUUGUGAAUAAAGGAGCUGAUGUGAACAAAGCAUCAGCAGAUGAAGGCGACCCACCCCUCUACGCUGCUUCACAAGGAGGCUAUCUGGAGGUAGUUGAAUACCUCGUGAAUAAAGGAGCUGAUGUGAACAAACCAUCAGCAGCUGAUGGCGAAACACCCCUCUACGCUGCUUCACAAGGAGGCUAUCUGGAGGUAGUUGAAUACCUCGUGAAUAAAGCAGCAGAUGUGAACAAAGCAUCAGCAUAUGAUGGCAACACACCCCUCUACGCCGCUUCACAAGGAGGCCAUCUGGAGGUAGUUAAAUACUUUGUGAAUAAAGGAGCAGAUGUGAACAAAGCAUCAGGAUCUACAGGUGAAACACCCCUCUACGCCGCUUCACAAGGAGGCUAUCUGGAGGUAGUUGAAUGCCUCGUGAAUAAAGGAGCUGAUGUGAACAAAGCAUCAGGAUCUAAAGGUGAAAUACCCCUCUACGCCGCUUCACAAGGAGGCUAUCUCCAGGUAGUUGAAUGCCUCGUGGAUAAAGGAGCAGAUGUGAACAAAGUCUCAGCAUAUAAUGGUACACCAUUACAUGGAGCAACGCAGGAAGGACAUGUUCACGUUCUAAAAUACCUGAUCUCAAAAGGUGCAGACCUCAAAAGUGUUGAUGGUGAUCACUCUUCACCUCUUCAUAUUGCUUCACAGACAGGUCGUCUUGAUAUUGUUAAGUACCUCGUGAAUACAGGGGCAGAUGUAAACAAGGUAUCACAUGAUGGUUAUGCACCACUAGGAAUAGCAUUAUUUUAUAAUAAGCAAGAUGUAGCAGAAUUUCUCAUGUCUACGGAAGCGGAUCUGGGAAAUAGAUUUGAUACUGUUCAAACCACCCUCCGCAAUGCAUCCUCCAAGGGUCAUCUCGAUGUUGUAAAAUAUAUUAUACAUAAAGGAGUGGAUGUUAAUAGUGUUGACGGAGAUGGCUUCACAUUCCUUUAUCACGCAUCAAAGAACGGACAUCUUGAUGUAGUUGAAUGCCUAGUGAAUGCAGGAGCUGAUGUGAACAAAGCAGCAAAGAGUGGUUCUACACCUCUGUAUGCAGCAUCUCAUAAAGGUCAUCUAGACACAGUGAAGUAUCUGAUUAACAAAGGAACAGAUAUUGAUAAUCGAGGUUAUAACGGUCAGACGCCUCUUCGUGUUGCAUCAUUCUGUGGCCAUAUUGCAGUUGUCAAGUAUCUUAUCAGUCAAAGAGGAGAUAAAGACAUUGGUGAUAACCAUGGUUGUACACCUCUAUAUGCUGCUUCAUAUCAAGGUCAUCACGAUGUUGUACAAUAUCUCAUCGCUGAAGGAGCAAACUUGAACACGGGAGAUAAUGAGGGAUUCACACCCUUAUAUUUCGCUUCACAGAACGGACAUCUUGAUGUAGUUGAAUGUCUAGUGAAUGCAGGAGCUGAUGUGAACAAAGCAGCAAAUAAUGGUUCUACACCUCUGUAUGCAGCAUCUCAUAAAGGUCAUCUAGACACAUUGAAGUAUCUGAUUAACAAAGGAACAGAUAUUGAUAAUCGAGGUUAUAACGGUCAGACGCCUCUUCGUGUUGCAUCAUUCUGUGGCCAUAUUGCAGUUGUCAAGUAUCUUAUCAGUCAAAGAGGAGAUAAAGACAUUGGUGAUAACCAUGGUUGUACACCUCUAUAUGCUGCUUCAUAUCAAGGUCAUCACGAUGUUGUACAAUAUCUCAUCGCUGAAGGAGCAAACGUGAACACGGGAGGUAAUACGGGAUUCACGCCCCUAAACAUCGCUUCACGGAACGGACAUCUUGAUGUUGUACAAUAUCUAGUGAACGCAGGAGCUGAUGUGAACAAAGCAGCAAAUAAUGGUUCUACGCCUCUGUAUGCAGCAUCUCAUAAAGGUCAUCUAGACAUAGUAAAGUAUCUCGUCACUAAAGAAGCAGACAUUGAUAGCAGAAAUUGUAACGGUCAGACGCCUCUUCGUAUUGCAGCAUUCUAUGGUCACCUUGCAGUUGUCAAGUAUCUUAUCAGUCAAAGAGCAGAUAAAGACAUGGAUGAUAACGAUGGAUAUACACCUCUAUAUGUUGCCUCACAAGAGGGUCAUCUUGAGAGUGUUAAAUGUCUAGUGAAUGAAGGAGCGUAUGUAAACAAAGCAGCCAAUGAUGGUGAUCUAUCCGUCCAUGCUGCUUCUCGUCGAGGCCAUCUUGACAUUAUAACAUAUCUCAUUACAAAAGGAGCACAUAUCGAGGCACAUAAUAUUUACGGUUGGACAGUUCUUCAUUUUGUCGCAGAUAAUGGUCAAUUGGAAUCUUUGGAAUAUUUCUUGAGAAACAACACUGCUCCUGAAGUUGGACUUCAGACCUUAGCAGGUGUCACGCCAUUAAUGGUUGCCGCAAGGGGAGGGCAUCUGGACUGUGAACGUCUGCUGCUCGAAAACAAUGCAGACAUUGAGACGGAGGAUGCAGAAGGAUGGACAGCCCUACAUUAUGCUGCAGCAAGGUGA